AUGUUGCCUAGGUCCGAAGCAUUUAAAUUACUUUCAAAUGAUGGGGAUUUUUUGUUGCGAUUGAGUAAACCAGAUGGAACAGAGAAGAUAAUAUUAUCUACAAUUCAGAAAGGGUCAGAAUUCAAUUUUGUAAUAAAGUAUUUCAAAAAAUUAACAAUAAUUACUACACAAACAAUCGAAGAUUUAAUGAAUCAACAAUUGAAAUGCAGCAAAAAAAAUUUGAUUCAACACCUAACUCUCACUACUCCAAUAAAUAGACAACUGUGGGAAUUAACUAAACAAAGUCUAAAAUUUGGGAUCGUUCUUGGAUCAGGAGCCUUUGGAGUAGUUCGAAAAGCUGAAUUAAAUGGGAAUAAAGUUGCAGUUAAAGAACAAAAUGAGAGUUAA